GCAGAAGUUACAUUUUACACUAAGCAUGCAGCGCCUAACUUUGGUUUUUGGACUCUUGGCUAUAGUCAUCGGUAGUCAAGGUUUCUCUGGUUUUGGACCGUCUCCCCCUACCGCUCCGUCAGAUCAUGGCUUUGGAGACUUCUCAAGAUGUCCUAAAGCUUGCAUUGGUCCUUCCGGAAGGCGUGGACCUACAGGGUUACCCGGUGAGCAAGGUCCGAAAGGUGAAAAGGGAGAUCAAGGGGAAAAGGGGGGAAAAGGACAUCCAGGAGAUCCGGGUCCCCAAGGAGAAAAAGGGGAAAAGGGCGACAUGGGGGAAAAAGGACAUCCUGGUCAAGAUGGGGCGCCUGGGAUGAAAGGAGACAAAGGCGAUAAAGGAGACAAAGGUCAUAAGGGGGAACGUGGUCCGCAAGGGGUGGCGGGGGAAACAGGACCCAGUGGACCAAGAGGCCAAAGGGGAAUCCCAGGUCAAGAUGGCGAAGACGGGCAUCCUGGAUCAAGGGGACCAAAAGGACAAAAGGGCGAUCCUGGAUCUCCCGGAGAUUCCGGACAUCCGGGAUUAGACGGUCACCCUGGUCCAAGGGGGAUCCCCGGAAGACCCGGAAAUUGUGUUGGAACUUGUGAUAGUCAUGGCUUUUUUGAAUUGGAAUCAAGAGUCCGGAAUUUAGAAAGUGCACUUCAUUUCGGAAGUUUCUUUCCUGGUAACGAGCAUCAAGGAGAUACCGGUGGUUUCUUACACAAGAUUUUUGGGUCUCGUGGGGCCUUUGAUGACAGUUUCUUUGACGAAUACCGUGUCGGCGACCGUGGUCACGGUGGUAACGGCGACGGUGGUAACGGCGACGGUGGUCACGGUGCUCACGACGACGGCGGCAGUACUCCCGGUAGCGGCGGCGGUAAUCCCGGUAGCGGCGGCGGUAAUCCCGGUGGCGGCGGCGGUACUCCCGGUGGCGGCUCAACAUUACACGCGUCUCAGAAAGUCCCAAUGAUUCGUCCAGUGUGGAUCAGUGCGGUGUUGGUCUUGUUUGUGGUACAGAGUCGAGGCCUUUCUGAAUUUGGCCUCCUGCCUGGAAGAAUUGGUGAUUUUUCAGAUUGCCCGACAGGAUGUAUGGGUCCUUCCGGGGUUCCCGGAAAUCAAGGAGAACUUGGACCGAGAGGCAUGAAAGGCGACAGAGGGGAUCAUGGGGAAACAGGUGACAUGGGACAUCUGGGCCACAGAGGUGACCAGGGGCAGAAAGGAGACCCUGGAGACAAGGGGUUACCUGGGGAAGACGGUCAGGCUGGUCAUCCAGGGGAGGAAGGGGAUAGUGGGGAUAAAGGAGACAGGGGUGAUAGAGGAGAACAAGGACAAAUAGGGAAUUCUGGAGAUGUAGGACUUCCGGGUGCAAGAGGUCCUCCGGGGGAAGCUGGUAAAGACGGGGAUGACGGUAAACCUGGUUACAGGGGGCCCAAGGGACAGAGGGGGGAUCCGGGAAUUCCUGGACGAUUCGGUCAGCCAGGACAAGAUGGUAAUCCCGGGCUACCCGGACUGCCUGGAAGAUCUCGGAGCUGCUCCGAAGUUUGCAGUGGUUUUAACUUCAAGAGGCUUAGGUUCAGAAUCGAGGAAAUAGAACAAAUAAUAUAUUCCCGGAGGUUUUCACGAGAUUUCACGAGAUUCCAGCGGAGUGAUCCGUUUUCGGAACAAACAACCAUAGGCUUCAAUGUUAAACUGAAUCUCGAAUAAACACACCAAAGCACUGU